AUAUUGCUUUACGUCACCCCUCUGACUCUCCACGUACGUGUUUAUUAUUAUAAUUUAUUACAAGGGUUGGUGCUUUCGGGGAGAGUUGUACGUUGUACGUUGUUUUAAACAAUGGCACAUCUUCCUUCGGAGCUCAUAUCGCACCAGCAGAAGGUGUGCAGGCUGUACAAGCGCGCCGUGCGCUGCAUGGAGGAUUGGGUGCACGAGAUACACGACCGCAGAUACCAGGCUGCGUUAUUGAGAGAGCGCUUUGACAAGAAUAAAAAUAUUAAGGAUUUGAGUUAUGCAAAGCAUCUGCUACAGGAAGGAGAGAAAGAGCUCUUCUCAAAGAUACAUUAUCAACCGAUAACCUUUGCCAAUUCAGCUACAGGAGGGGCAUAUGGCCGAAAUGCUGACAUCCCAGACUGGGUCUUGGAUUACUGGCACCCUCUCGAGAAGGCUAUGUACCCCAAGUAUUUUGCGCGUCGUGAACAAAUGAAGGACGAGUAUGAGAAGUGGUAUUUCGAAACCUAUCCAGAGGAAAAGAAGAAGCUCGACAGUCAUUAGAGGCGCCUGUAAAAUAUAAAAUAUUUGUGUUGUAUCGACGCGACAUUACUUGUAGAUAAUAUUGUAAUAUAAUGUGUAUUGUUACAUGAAAGUUUUCAUUGCAUAGACGUAGUAUCCCCAUCAGCCAACACCCCCUGUACGAAAAUCGCUGUUUCGAAAUCUGCGCAUAUACGAACAAGCGUACUCCGUUUUAUACGUGUUUAUUAUAUACGUAGAAUACAUAGCAAGCAACUUAGCAUAUCUCUAUCCAUAAUUUAAUUCAUUAUACAUUCAACAUAUGUAAUACUAACGUAGCACAAAGUAACAUACGUAGCUUGAAGCUUUCGCGAACUUGCCUAAAUCUCCUGUAACGUAUACGGAUAACACAUAGUAAGAAAUUAUUGCGCUUGGACGUUUGUAAUUUCGAAUAUUAUCUCCGUCGUGACAAUAACGGGCGAAAUGUAUAUGAUUUGUCUUAUUUGCAAAUAAAUGAAAUACCACUUGCGAACGUAAA